AUGGAGCACAAGGCGGUUGAAGAAUUAUCGAAGGAGAAGAUUCACGGAACGUUUGAUGGUGAUCAAAAGAAGACACCAAGCACAAAAGAGGCUGCUUACUUAAAUGCAGAGCAGGAACCGGUUAUAGUGUUAACCCAAGAAGAAGUGGACAAGAAGAUUCAGGCACGGGAGUGGAGCGAUGACGAAGAUGACAAAGGAAGUGGAGAAGGAGCGAUGACGACUUCGGACAUCAUCAAAAAGGGGGAGAAAAUGGGUCUGACUUCUCCAGUCGAAAGACCGUCCCGUUCUAUCAAGUAUCUGUUCAAAUACAUCAACAAAGGACAACACUGUGUAUCAGCAGCCAUUACACGGAGAAAGGCUUCAAAAACUACGGGGAAAGAAGAAGAGGAACAACCUGUUGAUGAAAUUGAAAAUUUCUUUGACGCCAGAUACAUAUCUGCUUUCGAGGCUGUAUGGAGAAUUCUUGGUUUCCCUACAACUUACAGGUCAACCCCUGUUGAGAAGUUAACAUUCCAUCUCGAAGAUGAAAACACCGUAUUAUUCAGAGAUGGUGAUUCCGUUGAUAGCGCAUUGGCGCGUCCAGAUAUUUGUAGGACUAUGUUCUUAGCUUGGUUUGAUUGCUAUGAGAAUUACCCUGAAGCAAGGGAAUUGACGUAUGCUCAGCUUCCUAAUAAGUUUGUAUAUGAUGCAAAACAGAAGGUUUGGAAUAAACGGAAGAAAGGUUUUGCUAUUGGAAGGCUUGCUCAUAUUCCUCCAAGUGCAGGUGCUAAAUAUUUCUUGAGAGUGCUGAUAAAUAAAAAGAAAGGGGCACGAUCCUACAAUGAUAUUAAGACAGUUGAUGGGAUCGUUCAGCCUAGCUAUGAAGAGGCAUGUUAUAACUUUGGUCUAAUUGAUGACGACAAAGAGUAUAUCGAAGGCUUGAAAGAGUGUGGUUAUUGGGCUUCAGGAUCUUAUGUCUGCAAACUGUUUGCGAUGAUGCUAUUGUCAAAGAGUUUAUCUAUGCCUAAGACAGUUUGGGAAACUUGCUAUGACGACCUUAGCGAAGAUGUGCUGCUAAUAGAACAGAGAAAACGGAAAAACCCUGGUUUCGUGAUGACCGAGGACCAGAUUAUGAAUGCCACUUUGACAUCCAUAGACAUUUUUUUGAAACAAAACAGCAGCUCUUUAUCAUGUUUCAAAACAUUGCCACAGCCAGUUGACAACUCCGAAAUAGAGUCCUAUAAUCCGCUACUACAAGAUGAGCUCAGUUAUCCGCAGGAGGAGUUGCGUGCUCAACAUGACAUAUGGCUUCCGAAGUUAACAGAUGAGAAACUGUCAGUCUAUGAUGAGAUAACCGGUGCUGUAUGUCGGAAAAAUGGAGGAGAAGUUGUUCUAAAUGUAGCAUCUAGCGGCAUAGCCUCUUUGUUGCUACCUGGAGGAAGGACUGCCCAUUCUAGAUUUAGCAUUCGAAUAAAUCCUCACGAACUAUCUACCUGCAAUAUAGAACUGGGAAGUAACCAAGCUGAGUUACUUAGGCGAGCUUCUCUUAUUAUUUGGGAUGAAGCACCAAUGAUGAGCAAGCAUUGCUUUGAAUCACUAGAUCGUAGCCUCUGCCACAUUAUGAAGACUGCCGAUGAUAUACCUUUUGGUGGUAAGGUCGUUGUAUUCAGAGGCGAUUUCAGACAGAUUUUGCCGGUGAUUCCUAGAGGAAACAGAGCUUAUAUCGUCAUGGCUGCUCUUAAUUCGUCAUAUCUUUGGAAGCAUUGCAAAGUCUUGCAGCUGACCAAAAAUAUGAGGCUUUUUGCUGAGUCGGACAGUCUUGAAGCUCAAGAGAUAAUGGAAUUCUCUGAAUGGAUUUUAAAGUUGGGUGAUGGGAAGAUUAACGAGCCUAAUACAGGAAAGACAAUGAUUCAGAUUCCGGAAGAUAUUUUGCUCAAACAUUCCAAAAACCCCAUCGAGACUAUAGUUCAGAAGUUUAUGGUGAGACGUUCAGGGACUCAAAAGACCCUUUGUUCUUCCAGGAGAGAGCUAUCUUGUGUCCUACUAAUGAUGAUGUCGAUAUGA